GAGAGGCAGCUGCUGCUGCUGCUGCUGCUGUGGGAUCACCACCUCCACCACCCUUCCCUGUGGGACUUCUGCCUGGCAGACCUGCAUCCUGCAGGACCAGGCCCCAGACUGGGAGAGAAUCUUGAUUGAUCGGGAGAGGUGGACUUCAAGAAACCUUGGUGGGAAAAUUGUUUCUGCGUAAGCUUUUCAAGAAAGCCUGACUCCCGAGUCAUCUGAUAGAAAAUGUCUUAUGGUUCCAUUGAUGGGAGUGGUUUUGGAAGUGGGAAUGUCUUCGGAGGGCCUUCAAGAGAAGGAUACCAACCUUUAGCUACGCAGAUUGAUCCCAAUGAACUACAGGAUCUUUUCCAGGAUACAUCUGCCAGCAUCUUCCGAAUUAAUGCCAAUGUGACUUCUUUGGAAAGGAGCCUUAAGUCCCUGGGUUCACCAAAUGACACACCGGAACUGCGUGAUGGGCUGCACACAACUCAACAGGAGACCAACAAAACAAUCACAACAUGUACAAAUGCUAUCCGGCAGCUAUCGGAGGUCAUCAGAAGUUCUUCUAGGCAAGAACGACUUCAGUUGGACCGGCUGAAGAACCAGCUUUCUGAUGCCAUCCAGCGAUAUGGAACAGUACAAAAGAAAAUCGCAGAGAAAUCGAAAGCCCUUCUUCCCAAGGGACAGAACAGUAAGAAGCAGCAAAGUCCCAGGACUCCUUUCUCCGACCUGGCUGACGAUGAAAAGAUCUUCAAUGGUGGAGAUAGUGCAUGGCUGGAACAGAACCAAGAGCAUGCGCUGCUCUCCGAAAUCACAGAGGAGGACCUGGAGGUCAUCCGCCAGCGAGAAGAAGCCAUCCAGCAGAUUGAGAGCGAUAUGUUGGAUGUUAACCAGAUUGUUAAGGACCUGGCCUCUAUGGUAUAUGAGCAGGGAGACACGAUAGAUAGCAUUGAAGCCAACAUUGAGACUGCAUCUUCUAACGUGGAAUCUGCCAAUGAACAGUUGGCCAAGGCCAGCCAGCACCAACGACGAGCCAGAAGGGUGAAGUGCUGUGUCAUCUUCACAGGCCUGGCAGUUCUCCUGGCCAUCAUCAUAAUCAUCACUGUUUUGGUCAAGAAUUAAACCCACCAGGUUUUCACAGGGUACCUGAUCACAUCAUCUAGUGGAAGCCAAAGAUGUUCCACAUACAGGUCAUGCAUCAAUCUCAACUUUGCUGAAUAUGUUGCAUUAAAAAGUGCUUUAGCCAAUAAACACUGCAAUUAUAUAAGAAGACAAAGAAGAUCUAGUGUUCGCCUUUUCUUAAUGGCUUUGAAAAAUUCUAUCAUAAAGUCA